AACCAGUUAACUUACAUGCUAUGGCAUAUUUGUGGUAAUUACGAACGGUCACACUUAAAAUAAGAACACAUUUGUUUUACGUUUUAUAUCGAAGAAAAUAUGCCCAUAUUGGCUUAAAUAGACUGUUACGAUUGAUAGCCAUGAGCACACCUCGCAAGAACUAUAACAACCAGCCGCCCUACCGCCCACAAGGCGGUCAGUACCCAUCGCAGUCCGCAGACUACAGAUCCCAGCAAUUCGGUGGCCAGCAGAAGCCACAAAAUCAAAGCUUUGGCUUCUACGAGGACAAACAGGGCCAGCAAAGUGUUCCGCAUUUCUACCAAAACAAAUCCCCACAGGAGCCGCAACGCCAUCGGUCCUACGGUCAGGGCAGGAAUUUCGGACGCGGCGGCAACUUCCAUCGCAGGAACCAACCCAACUGGGAUCAGAAUCCGAGGAACCACCAGAACAGGGAGCACAACCAGAGCGGCAGCUCCUACGGCCAGUACUUCCAUCCCUCCAUGCUGGAGGAUCCCUGGCGAGAGCUAAUGGAACGCCACGAGGCCAUCCACGGACCCAGCACUAGCCGAACUCCACCGAAAGAGGUAGCGGCUUCUUAGGCCUGUUACAUACUAAGGAUAAAAUGUAUAAUAUUAGACUAGCACAGAGAUAAUUUUAGUUAAUUCCUGUAUAAUUUCCUAAUAGCGAAAUAAGACUUUCAGUUUACGUA